UACUUCGGCGACUCGAGAUAGCUCGAAGGUGAGAGGGAAAAUGGAGAGGUUCAGGCAUGGUGACAGAACCCUCUCUCCCUCCCCAUCAACAAGCGAUUGGCCAGAGUCUGCUGGAUUGUAAAGCCAAUGGCGUCGUCCACCUCCCAAAGCGCGAUCGCACCCUUCCUCGACGGCAACAAGAAAUGGGCACAGUCCUUCGCCGAGUCAGACGGUGACCUGCUGUCCAAAUUCCCCACCUGGCAGGCACCGCCCAUCCUCUGGCUAGGCUGCUCCGACUCCCGUCAACCCGAGACGACCAUUCUCGGCGCCAAACCGGGCACCUGCUUUGUGCACCGCAACAUUGCCAAUGUCAUUACUGCCACCGACUUGUCCGCGACGGCGGUGAUUGAGUAUGCGGUGAAUGCGCUGCAGGUCAAGCAUAUCAUCUUGUGUGGACAUACGGGGUGUGGAGGGUGCAAGGCGUCGCUGGGCAAUGCAAAAGUCGGCAAGAUUGAUACUUGGCUCAUGCCAUUGCGACAACUGAGGCUGAAACAUGCCGCGGAACUGCAAGCCCUGGAAUGGGAGCAGCGAUGGACGCGAUUCUCCGAGCUGAAUGUCAUGAACGGCGUCGAAGUGCUCCGACAGAACCCCGAUGUGAUUGCAGCGAUCAAGAGCAGAGGCUUGACGGUACACGGAGUCAUCUACGAUCUGGGUACGGGCGUGCUCAAGGAAUUGGACAUUCCCGUGAAAGACGACGAGAACAGAGCAUGGGCAUUCGAGACGGCAUAGAAGCCUGUAGACUGUAGAUAUGAGGAGACCAUGUGUCGCGAGUCAGUGUCGUGUCCGCCGGCCAAUUUGGCCGCUUCAGCGCAGCCG